AUGCGCGCGCUCCUCGGCAAGGCUCGCCAGCCCGAGAUCGCCUUCGCGCUGCGGCUCGCCUUCUCGUCCUCUUCCCCUCGCCCCUUGAACCAGUUACGCACGAUGGGCAAAACAGGCAAAGCGAUCAAACGUCGAAAGCUGGCCGAAGCGACCGCACUAGCCACGAAGCUGGCUGCCCCGGAACUAUUUGACGACCAUUCGGGUGAUGACCUCGACUCGUUGGCCGAUUCGCCACCGAGUUCGACCGCGCGUCCCACAGCAUCCGCACCCCUGUCGAAGGAUUUUCUACAGGGUCUGAUCUCACCUUCUCAUUUGGCGGUGACGGUCAAGACGUUAAAUGCGUUGGUGCAGCACCCGGAGCUGCUCAAGGACACGGCGAGCAAGACGACGCGCACACAGCUCAAGGGGUUGAGGACCGCCUUGUUCGAUGUACAGAGGCUAUCGAGUGAGGUCAAUCAGGCAACGGGUGGGUCUAUCAAGUGAUCGAGUAGUAACGAUCUGGAAGGGCGAGAGUACUCACCCGACGGUCCGUUCCUUGCCCAUCAGGCACCUCGUUGACCUCGCGCAUCUCGUCGGCGCUCUCCCAAUCGAGGUACACCGACGCCCUCGUGCUCUUGUCCGAAAUGAGGAUCAGAGAACAGCAGCCCAAACUCGGCGCAUUGCAACGUUGGGUCAGGGAAUGUGAUUGCGCUUCGAGGGCCGACGGUUCGUUCGGCGAUCAGGACGUGCUCAAGGUUUUGGAUGCGAUCCUGAGGUGUUGCAAUGGCGUCACACCACGGGCAAUCGCCUCGAAUGGCGACAUCGUCGAUGAGGGAAGUGUGGUCAAGAGGCAUGACGAAUGGGUCUAUCGCACACCAAGUGGUUUGGACCUCUACGGAGAGAUCAAACAGCAUCGGCUUCCUCUCCCCUCUCAACGGCUUCAACUCGCCAAAGCCUUCAGGCUACUACAGACCACGCCCGGUCCAGAACGACUACCUCCGAAUCAUCACCCAGCCUACCAGUAUACCUCUCAACCAGGUUCGAUCCCAUUAGAUCUCGAGCCCGCGACCCUUGCCUCGAGGGCUGAAGUUCCUAACGUCCCUGGCGCGUUCAUCCUGCUCGAUAUUCUGAGCCCCGACGAAUGCAAGACCAUCUUGGCCGGGGCCGAAAGCGUCGGCUUCUCCCCUGAUCGUCCACUGGGACCUCAGACGAGCGUUUUGGCUCAUGUACGUCAAUCUCAUCGCAGUAUGGUGAACAACACCAGCUAAUGAAACGACGCUUGGAAUACGUUCACAGAACCUUUAUUGGUUAGCGGAUAAAGAGUUCAUCUGUCGACUCGACUCACGUAUCUUGCACCUCUUACCCCCCGAAAUCGAUGGCGGCAAACUCGUCGGCAUCAACGCGAGAUUCAGGGUCUAUCGUUAUGUUCCUGGAUCGAUCUAUAGGUACGUCAUUCGGAACACCGUGAAGUAAGCAAACGGCUAAUGCUACCUUGUGGGGGGGUUCAGGCCUCAUCUUGAUGGCGCGGCACCACCUUCUGGGCUGUCGUCGUCCGGUGCAUUUCAAUUCGAUACCAGUCCCGUCGACGCGCCGCAAAUGUCGAGGCUGACAUUCCUCGUAAGCCUUAACAGGCGCACCGACUCACUCACUGAAACGCCACUGAUUUUCCUCAACUCUUCACCCAGAUUUACCUCAACGACCACUUUACCAACGGAUGCACGACCUUCUUCCUCCCUUCGCCCCACCAAAUAGGUCGCUUGGACGCCUACCCCGUCAAACCGUUAAUGGGCGCAGCACUGGUCUUCCCCCACGGUGAUUCAAAGGGAAGUUUGUUGCAUGAGGGUUCACCGGUUAUGGGUGAGGGGGAGGCCAAGUAUGUGAUUAGGACUGAGGUGGUUUAUCAGGUCGCACCGUCCGUUGGGGGAACGAAGAAGUAG